CUUCGGCCAGGCAUCCUCUAGCACGCGUCCUCUUGAACCUCACUUCAUCUCCCACUCCCAAUCCUCUAUUCUCCGCAUCAUAUCUUCUUUGCUGUGACUUUUGUUAUUUUCUGCUUUAUAGUUACCUUUUUUUCAGCGGAUCGCUCUCCAUUGCCGCCAACAUGUCCGGCUACGACAGACAUAUUACGAUCUUCUCGGACCAAGGACGUCUGUACCAAGUCGAAUAUGCAUUCAAGGCCAUCACUUCGGCAAAUAUCACCUCGAUGGGCAUCAGGGGGAAAGACUGCGCUGUCGUGCUGUCGCAGAAGAAAGUCGCUGAUAAACUGAUCGACCCGUCGUCUGUAUCCCACGUCUUCCGACUGUCCCCCUCGGUGGGAUGCGUCAUGACCGGUUCCAUAGCGGAUGCCAGAGCCAGCGUCGACCGUGCUCGUGGUGAGGCGGCUGAGUUCCGAUAUAAGUAUGGGUACGAGAUGCCGUGCGAUGUUCUGGCCAAGCGAAUUGCCAAUAUCAACCAGGUGUACACCCAGAGGGCCUACAUGCGUCCGCUAGGCGUUGCUACGACUCUGAUCUCGGUCGAUGACGAGAAGGGCCCGCAGCUUUACAAGUGCGACCCCGCUGGCUACUACGUCGGAUACAAGGGCACCGCGGCGGGUCCCAAGCAGCAGGAAGCGCUCAACCACCUGGAGAAGAAGCUGAAGAACAAGGACUGCGCCGAGGGCAGCUGGGAGGAAGUGGUGGAGCUGGGGAUCACCGCCCUGAGCACCGUGCUCAGCGACGGCCAGGAAGGGAGAGAUCCCGGGUUCCGAGCUCUAACGGAGGAAGAGAUCGAGGAACGGUUGCAGGCUAUUAGCGAGAAGGAUUGAGGGAAACGAGGUGCGGGGGUUAAGGAAUCUGAUUUGAAUUGAUGAUUGGAGUAACGCAGUCGCAUGGCUGUCUAGACGCAGAUAACCUAUGAACAUCACUUGCCUCCUUCGGUUUUCACCGGGGAUGAUAAUUGCUGGAUCUGUUUUUACUUCCCACCCUUUCUUUUUCUUUCUGUUUCUAUUUCUGCGU